UCAUCUCAUGUUUAAGCAAGCAUAAUCUUUUGUGUUUGAUACAAUCUCAACAUUGGAUUUCAGGUGAACGAUUGUUCAUUUUGAAUUCAAGGAUUGAGAUUGUACGAACAUGAUAGAUUGUGUUUCUUCAAACAUUAGAUAAUCCACAUCUAUUCAUCUAGACCAGUUUUCUCAAAAUCAUCUAGAAUUUGUUUAUUAGUAUUUUCUCUUUCUUUAUUCUUCUUUUUUUUUCAGAUCGAAUCUGAAAUUAAUCAAUCAUGUCUUUUCUGGACUUUGAUGUUAUGAAAAACUAUCCUAAUACGACUUUCACUUGCUUUCUGAUACCCCCAAAGACUAAUUCUCAUGGCAUUUGCGCACACAUAAAUGAUCCGGCAAAUAUGCUAACAUACACAAUACCCCUUUUGGAGUUGCAGAUGGCUGUCAUUUUCAUCUUCAACUACGUAAUCCAUUAUUUUCUCAAGCAUUUUGGAGCCUCCACAUUUGUCUCCAGCAUGAUUGGUGGUAUAAUUCUUGGCCCGACAUUUCUUGGGAGAUAUAACAUAAUGAGGAAAGUGAUCUUUCCUCCUGACAGCCAAGAUAUAAUACGUUCAUUUGCACUAUUAGGGUUUAGCAUGUUCUUGUUCCUAAGUGCAGUGAAGAUGGAUGCGGGAAUGAUUCUUAAUACAGGAAAGGAUGCCUUGUCCGUCGGAAUUUCAUCUGUAAUGAUCCCUGUGAUUUUUGGUGUAGCUCACCAAGAAUUGACAACACACAAAAAGGAACUCAAAGGAAGUUGGACUUCUAUGAUAAUGACAUCUCUUACAAACUAUCCAGUCACUGCCUAUCUUAUUGGCGAUCAAUUGAAAAUCUCAAAUUCAGAACUCGGCCGAUUAGGACUAUCCUCAGCACUAGUUGCAGACAUAUUGGGCAUAUUUACCGCAGUUAUUCUAGAAGUAAUAAGGUCUUCCACAAUGACUAGUCUUGCAACAAGUGUUCUACCAAUUAUUGCCUUUGUCCUUGUUCUGAUAUUCAUAGUCCGACCUGCAAUGUUUUGGGUGAUUAGAAAGACUCCGGAAGGGAAGCCUAUUGACAUGAACUACGUUAACAUCAUUUUGGCACUAGCCUUAGGUUCUGAAGUGUAUUUCCAUAAUUUUGGAUUAUAUAAAUUCAUGGGUCCUUUUAUCUUUGGUUUGGUUGUGCCUGCUGGAGCUCCACUAGGUUCUGCUUUGGUAGAAAAGUUCUCACCCUUUACUUGGGGAGUCCUUUCACGAAUCUUGAUUACUACAUCAAUGAUGAAGGCAGAUUUAACUCUUAUUGUAAAUGAAUUUCCCAGGUUGAAAACGUACAUCUCUCUCAUAUUCAUGACCUAUGGUUUCAAAUUCCUGGCGUGUUUGGCACCUCCAUUGCUUUCAGGGAUGCCAUUAAUCGAUUCUUUUGCACUUUCUCUCAUUAUGAAUUACAAAGGCAUUGUGGAGCUAUGUGGAUGCAUUAUUUUCAAGGAAACUAAGGUAAUAAGUGAAGAACUUUUUGCCCUUGAAGCUUUAUACAUUCUUUUUAGUGCAACUGUUUAUCCAAUCCUUAUUAAAUGCCUGUACAACCCAUCAAGAAAAUAUGUUGGCUAUAAGCCGAGGAAUAUCGUGAGUUUAAAGCCUCGCUCUGAGCUCCGAGUUCUGGCUUGCAUUCACAGACCUGAUAAUGUACUUUGUGUCUCAAGACUGCUCGACGCAUCAAACCCCAGCAAAGAAACUCCUAUAAAUGUUAAUGUACUUCACCUAAUCAAGCUUGUUGGUAAAUCAACUCCUGUCCUAGUAUCCCACUCAAAGCAAAAGCCAACUUCUAACUCUUUCUCUCAAACUAUCAUCCAUGCUUUCGGUCAAUAUGAGAAAAAGCAUUGGGAUUCUGUCUCAGUCCAGACCUUUACAGCAAUAUCUUCACCGGAGCUAAUGUAUGAGGACAUAUGCACCCUUGCUCUUGAUAAACUCACAUCCCUUAUACUAAUGCCGCUCCAUCUAAAAUGGUCUCUCCAUGGACAAAUUGAAUGCGAGGAUCCAAAUUUAAGGGCUCUCAACUUUAAGGUCCUCGAGAAAGCCCCUUGCUCUGUAGGAAUCUUUUUUGAUCGUGGCAGGCUUGGACGACAAGCCUUAAGGGCACCAGAAUCAGUUCUCUCUCUUUGUUUGAUAUUCAUCGGAGGCAAUGAUGACCGCGAAGCCUUGAGUUUAGCCAAACGGAUGGCUAAUAAUAAUCCAAAUGUAAACCUAACAAUCCUCCAUUUCAAAGCUAAUAAAGAAGGUGAUACAGAGAGAAUAAUAGAAUCUGAGGAUGAAAUUCUGGAUGAUGUAGCAUUGGAGGAUAUGAAGCGAAUUACUACUAGCAAACAAUCUAUAGUAUUUAAAGAACAUGUAGUGAAGGAUGGACCAGAAACAUUAUUAGUUAUUCGUUCCAUUGCAAAUGACUAUGAUCUUUUCAUAAUGGGAAGACGUUAUGGCAGUGUGUCUUCUCAAACAGAUGGUCUAUCAGAAUGGAGUGAACUUCCAGAGUUAGGUAUUGUUGGAGACUUUUUUGCGUCCAGUGAUCUCGACACUAGAACUUCUGUUUUGGUUAUACAACAACAAAAGCAAAUUAAGGGCAUCUGAUGGAUGAAAUUUUAUAUUGAUGGAAAUGAAAACGCAGAAACAUGGAAACAUAGGAACGAUACAGGGAAACAAUAUUUUGAAUAUAACUAUACACUAAGAAGAAACAACAUUUUGAAUAUAACUGUGCACUAAGAAGGGGUAUUUUUAUAGGGGAAACGACUAUGAACGUUUCCGAAAAUAUGAGAGUAUUGUUAGGACCUGUAUUGAAUACAAUUGGAUUUAAUUGAAAUAGAAUUGUUACUUUAGGAUGAAUUGUAAAUUGUUCUUUUCACAUAUCAAUUAUAGGAAAUUAGCUACUUACCACUUCGUGUAUGGAAGCAUCGUGCACCAAGCAUAACUAUUAUUUCAAAAUUUUGUUACUGUGUUGAACUCUUUUGUCCUUUUUUUUCCCUCA